AUGGCGCCGCAUGUAUUGGCCUCAGCCAUCGCCAGUGCUGGAGCAGGCCGCCACACGUCCCCGACGCUGUGGCGGGCCUAUGCCGCGCGGGCCUCCGAAGUCCGGAGGCGCUUGACCCUGCGCGACCUACGGCGGCUUCUUCAGGGACAUGCGGCGGCUGCGAAGAAGGACAUCUCGCUGUUCCGCGACCUCCUUGAGGAUGCCUCAUGGAAAGGAGAUCCGCAGGCUUCAGCCAAAGACCUUUGCUUUGUGGCAAUAGCCCUUGCGAAGCUCAGGUGCAGCAAAGACAUUUUUGAGACUGUGACGACGCACUUCGAAGAAAACAGCAUGAAGGAGCUAGAGAGUAUUGAUGUCAGUAGCUUGGCCAACGCUUUCUCCCGGGUUGCCCUCAUGCACAAAGUUUGCUGGGCAAAGAUCUCGCAGCGCCUUCGUACCGAUGCCUCCUCCGCGCUGUUGCCGCCCGCGGCUGCCACCAUGGCGUUGAAUGCUUUCGCUGUCGUGAAACAAUGCGAUGCAGAGCUGUUCGAGAUUGUGGUGGAAAGCUCCGUCAGGCCUUGCAUUGCCGACUUUACGCUCACGCAGUCGGCGCUGCUGCUGGAUGCGGUGGCCCGGUGCGGCAGCGUGACUGAACGCCUGGCGCCGGACCUCUUUCGCAGUCUAAUGCGGCUUUGGCUUUCGCAAGGGCAUCUCCAGGAGCUGGCAAGCCCGGAGGAUUUGGCUCACUUGGCAAGUUCCGCAGUGAAGCUCAGCAUCCUGCAGGAAGAGGAACUCAAUGCAGCGCUGGCCGCAGCUGGCCUGCAACACGUUGGGCAGUUCUCCUCCUCGCAGAUGGCUCUCUUUUGCAGCAGCCUGGCUCGGCUGCCUUCGACUGGCCGCGCUGCCUUCCUCGGGGUGGCGGCGCUCCAGGUUCAGCCCGUGUUGCGAUUCAGCUCGUUCGUCGAUCUGGGACUCCUUGCACAGGCCUUCCUCUCCUGCGGCAUAACGUUGACGCGCGAGGCAUCCCGCCUGUACCUGGCAAGGCUCGCAGCCGCUGCCAAGGAUGAGCUUGCCAACCUUGCACAGCCAGGAACUUCAGAUCUCGUAAACAGCCUAGCAGCGGCACUCGAACGCAUUGCUGAAGGCUCACUGAAGACCCUCAUAGGUAUUGACGAGAAGCUGCUUGCAGCUGUCCGCCCUUUAACCCUUGAGCUUGCUGCUCGACAAGCUCUACGACCGCGCACAGCUGCGGCCGUGCUGGCUUUGCACGCGCACUUCAAUGUGCGAGAUGUUGAAGUAUUUGAGGCUUUGCCUGCAGAUGACAGUAGCCAGAUUGACUUUGGUGCGACGGUUGCUGGAAGGCUCUUAAGACCGCUUGGCGCGCUGGGUUAUCCUUCGCAACCUUUUCUGGUCAGCAUCGACGGAACACUGGGAUCUGCAAGUGGUACUUGGCAAAGGUCGCUGCCAGCGCUGGCAGCGGACCUUUUCGCGGCAGCUUUGUUGGACUUCGCCUGCAUUUCCGAAAGGUCGGUCACAAGCCUUUGUGUGGCAGCCAAAAGACAGUGCCAGCAAAACUCGCUAGAUGAUGCAGCACUUCAAUCAAAGUGUGCUGGUGAGCUUGCAGCCGCAUCCUAUGCCUGGCUUCAGCAAGUCCCCGGCCACGAGGAAGCUUGUUGGCUAGCGGAUUGGGCGGAAGAGGUGCUUUCUGCCACUGGGCCGCAGCACGACUUGUCGCCACUGCCAAGCUCAGCCCUGCUGCGCUCGGUUUUCGCUACGCUGCAGCGGCUUCAGGAGUCCGGCGACGAGGUUCGUGUCGCUUGGCCACUGCAUGGCUUCCGCGCUGACCUUCUGCUCCGCAGGCCUGGCGAGAUGCCCCUUGCAGUGGAAGUCUGCAGCAAGGAAUGCUUCUACACCGGAAGCAAGCAGCUCCUUGCUAGCUGCGAACUGAAGCAGCGCGUGCUCGCAGCAUAUGCUUCGCUGGUGCAGGUGGACUACUGGGACUGGCCGGCCCAACCAGAGGUGAAGUUCGUUCCAGUCGGUGACACGGAGUCUGAUGAGGAUGAUGAUGAUUUAGACGACGAUGAGGAGGCCAGUAGGAGUAGAAGAUCAUCAACGGAAGAGUCUCGAUCCCGAGUGCUGGAUAUCAUGUCUACUGCCAAAAAGGGUCACGCUUUGAGAGAAGCUGCGCGGUACUGCGCUGAUGAGUAUCGGCUACUGUGCUUGGGAGCUGUUAGCUGCGAGAGGCUGAAAGUGCUCCGGUACUGCAAGUAUCAACGUCAACAAGCGAUGCAAGUAUCCAAAUGGCCAGGCAAUGGGAAGGAAAAGGUAACUGCAAAGCUGCGGCUGCUAGAAGUCGAGAAACUCUGGAGGAAGACUUUGGCUGAACUCGAGGAGUCAGACUUUCUGUGCAUUGCAUCUGGAGAUCAGACUGACUUGCAGUUCGAAAGCAGGGUGGAGAAGCAAAUGGACAUGAUGAGCUGGUGGGAGACAGCGUUUCAUGACUGGGUUCGCGCUCUGAAUUCCUUGACCCCAACAGAUUUCGCUGAGAAAGUAACACUUCUGCGCAUUGAGUACGGCCAGGAGAAUCUGAAUUCCUUCCUGCAAAGCUUAAGUCUGGAGCUCCCUUGGACCAGAGUGGAGGCUCGCGUUCGAGACAUGCCAGGUAUCGAGCUGUAUGCAUCCUCGCCAGUUCAGCUUACUCCCUGGGAGCUCUUUGCCCCGUCAGAGCGGAACUUUAAUGUUGUAGGCUGUGAGGAGGUUCGAGGCUUCACUGAGGCGGACGAAAUGGAGUCUUUCCUUGCCAGCAUCAGCAUCGAGAAGUUUGAGCCAAAAUCGCUCGUAGUUGCAUGUAGUGAAACAUGGCAGGUACUGCAGGAGCUUGGAGGUAAGGUAUUCAGUGGUCAACGCUCCCUACUUUACAAAGCCACCUACUCUAUCUCACCCGCUGUGCAGCUUUUCGAGUUGUUGGACAGAGAUCUCGCUGUGACCCUGAAAGCACUCGUAGAUGCUGGCCAAAGCAGCCAAUGCUUCAAUACAGUCGUUGGCAAGGCGCUCCUGCGAGAAGCCUUGCACAGAACUUUCUGGCUACGAGGUCUCAAUGUAGCGACCAACCUAUGUUUUGUCGUCUUAUUGGUGUUUCUGGGGCGGAAGGUGCAGACACAGCAGAAGCCAGAGCACAAACUGCUGGUUGUUUUCGUCUUUCUGGGUGGCUGGGUCUUUUUCUCAUCUCUCUGCAAAAUCCUUACCGGCCUCUGCCUGUUUGUGGACAAGACCAUCUGCAUUACAAGCUUGCUUGCCGCAAUUGGAAAGCACCUGACCCUCUGGAAUGCCUUGAUCGUGCUGUCAGAGGCAUUCACAAUCUUCGUGUGCUUUCGAUUCAUGGCGUGUGUCCUGGACCCGCACCUGACAGGCUUCAGUUUCUUUGAGACUCAUCCUGUGAUGAUAUCAGCUCUAGUUUUGAUUAGAUGGAACUUGCUGGCCAUUGACUUCCUGCAGAUUGAGCAGGUCGGUCGCCGCGUGGUUCCCAUAGUUCAUGCAGUCAGCCGGCCUCCUUCUGUCUAUUUCCUGUUCUUUCUGGUCUUUAUCCUCACAGGGUCGUUCCAAGCAUACAGCGUGUUCCCAAUCGAAGAAAAUGUUGGUGGGGCAAACAAGGUGCUCGACACCUUUCUCAAAAUUUUCCGCUUGGAAGUAUUGGGAGAUUUCGACCUGAAUGAAUUGGAGGGCAUCAACGACAAGCUAGUAGCUCGGAGCAUGAAUGGUACCAUCAAGGGCGACGUAGACUCAGACCCCGCUGACUGGAGUGACAAGUAUCACAGAGGUGUGCGUUUCGAGUUCAUGGCCUUAAGCCUUGGUGUCACAGUUGUGGUGAUGAAUGUGUACAUUGGUCUGCUGGGGUCUCUCUACGACAAAGCUGCGCAGAAGAAGAACCAGCUUUACUCACAUUAUCUUGCAAGCUGCUGCUACCGCCACUUGUGCGAGAAGCAGCUGCAAAGCUGUUGCCUGGCAUGUGUCAGGCGAAUCACUAAACCUCCGAAGCAGAAGCAGCCGGGGGAGAGAGUGGUUUGGCUGGCUUACGACAAGGUUGUGCUUUGCUUUUUGUUUGGUCUUCUUUGUUCCCCGGUCCUCCGGUUACCCGAGCCUGUCCCAUAUCUGAUGCGGACCCCGCCCAACUUCCCUGCCGUUUUCAAUCGCGAGCCUGCAACUGUCAUGAGUUUCCUGCUUCUUGUUACGCGUGCGGUGGCCACAAAGACCGGGGCCACCUCCGGCACAGAAGGCGUGGAUCUUUCCCACCUAGAUCUAGAUGAGAAAGUGGAGCCUGUGGAUUACGAGAAAAUGCUGGAAGAAGCUGCCCAAGCUCCAAGCAUCCCGCCGCUUCCUGGUGGUAUCACCCAAAGUGAGCACGAAGUGCAGAUGGCGAACCUCGAGGUCCGCUUGCGCCAGCACUGCUUAGAUCUCAUUGGCCCGACCGUGCGCAGAGCAGCUGCCUUUGAGCAUGAUGUCACGCAGGUCCAGGAUGACUUGCAGUUGAAGUCCGCCCAGAUCUCCGAGCUGAUGCUAACGGCGAACAAAGUCGAGCAACAGGUUGCUACGAUUGAGAACUUCAGGAUAGAGCUGGCCAAGUAUGACUCCGAGCGGAAGCAGUGGCAGGCAACUGCAACGGACUCCUUGAGCUGCAUGAAGCAGGACUUGGACGUCUUCCGGUACGAGCUGGAGCGCAUGGAUGCAUCCGUGCAAGGGACACAGCGCACAGUGGACCGUGUCGUGGGUGAACUAGGCCGCGUCCAGGAUGUGGGAGAUUCGCUUCGGGCGGACCUGGAGAAGCGCCUUUCACAGCAGAGCAAGAUGUUGAAUGUCUUCAAGACGGACUUAGAGGUAAAGCUUGUAAGCCUUGAGAACCGCUAUGACAAGCUGAGUGACGACCUCUGGGGUGAAGAGACAGGUCUUGCAAAGGUCAUGCAUGACCUGUCUCACACGAACGAGGUGGUCACCAGCAUGAGUACGGAAUUUGCUUCAAUGAAGCACGACAAGGCGAGCAUUGCCCAAUUGCAGAUGGUUCAGGAGGAGGUCAACAACUUCACCCUAGAGACCAACAACAACGUGACUGCUUUGCAGCAGACUGUGGACAGGAUGAUGGCGGACAUGAAGGCCCAUUUUCAGACGGCCACCAACACGGUGGCAGCUCACAAUGCUGCUAUGCUUCAGGAGGUGCGGACAGCCUACCAGGAAGAGUUGCAUGAAGCAGCUCAGGUGCGCAAGAAGGUGGAUGAAUUCAUGCAGUCUGAGCGUGAAUAUCGCCGGGCGCUGGAAGACAGCAUUUGCAAAUCCCAAGCUCAGACAGAGGACUUGGUUCGACAGGUAACCUCAGAAGUCGAAGAGGUUGGGAAGCUCCGGCGUCGUGAUCGCAACAGCCAGGAGGUGGAAAUCAAAGCUGUUGCCAAGCAGCUUUCUACCGUGCAAGAUUCCUCGCAGCAAGUUAAGCAAAGCCUCGAGCACUUGAGCGCUGCAAUCUGGACCAUGGUGCAGUGUGAAAGAGCGGCGUCUGCGUUGGACCUUCAAGAUGACCAAGACAGAUCAAAGAUAGCCUUAAUGGGCUACAAGGAAGAGCAGACUGGAGAGAGAUGUCGAGGAUCUAGGACCCGCAGCGUCAGAGGCCGAGCUUCUUCGCCAUCUACGAGUGAGGCAGACGGGCAAACAAUCAUCAAUGUGGACGAGCGCUGUCUCAGCUGCUGUGGGAAAGCGCAGACCGUCCUCUCAGGAUUCAAAAUGGCCUGCCUGCAGUACUCUCCCGCACCUGUGGUGUUCUCGCGCAAGACCUACAACAGAUCCGAUUUGCUUGGCCUUCGUGAGAAGAUGCUCUCGCAGGUACAUGACAUGCUGGAGCAGGGACCGGUGAGCUUCGACAAGUCCGAGGUCUUUGGGCCAACUGUAAACUCUACCAUCAACUCAGGUGCGAUUGUGGACUCGCUGACUGGCCCACUUCUUGGGAAGUGUGGAUGUGUAGUCGUUCAAGGGCUCUGGCUUCGGCAUGCUUACCCCAAAAUUUCUAAUGAGGUCCGGAUGGCGUAUCCCCUCUAA